AUGACAACACCAAACACCCACCUCGCCGCCAUAAUCGCCCAAAAGGGAAGCCCACUCUCCCUGGUCCACCGACCAACCCCAAAACCCGGCCCAACCGAACUCCUCAUCCGAGUCAAAGCCAUCGCCGUAAACCCAGUGGACUACUACCAACGCGAGUACGGCGUCUUCAUCGAGAAGUUCCCCGCAAUCUGCGGCUCAGAUGUAGCAGGCAUCGUCGCCGAAGUAGGGAGCGAGGUGCGCAGCGACACGCCCAAACCCGGGGAUAGAGUGGUCGCGUUCGCGAGCGCGUAUCUCUACAAUGCGAACCCGGAUUACGGUGCAUUCCAGGAAUAUGUCCUUAUCUCUCAGGACGUGGUUGCAGCUUUGCCGGACAGCUUCACGUUUCUUGAGGGGUCUGUGUUUCCGAUGGUGGCUUGGACGACUUGGAAUGGAUGGUUGUGGGCUGGGAUUCCGAGAGGGUAUCAAUGUCAGGUUGGAGAGGGAGAGGCAAAGGGGGAGGGGGACAAAGAGGGUGUGCUGAUUUGGGGGGCGUCGAGUAGUAUUGGGGCUUUUGCGGUUCAGGAGGCCAAGUUGAUGGGGUUUGCAGUUUAUGCUACUGCCAGCGUUAAGAAUCAUGAGUAUAUUAGGGGGUUGGGUGCGUCGAGGGUGUUUGACUACAGUGAGGAGGGUGUUUUGGAUAGGAUUGUUGGUGCGGCGAAAGAGGAUGGGGUUAGUAUUCGGGUUGGUUUUCAUGCGACCGGGUCUCAGCAGUUGGCAGUCGAUGUCAUGAGUGCGUUGAGCCAGGGCUCUGUGAAGUCCAAAUUGGCUAUUGCGCCUAUGGUGGAACAGGAUUUGAAAGUGCCUGAUGGUGUCGAGACGGCGUUUGUAUUGCCACCUGAUGAUAUUGAAGAGAGGGAUGAGAGGACUAGGUGGAUUUUUGGAAAUUGGCUGCAGGAGAAACUUGAAUCGAAAGAGCUGGUUGUCAGUCCUCAUGUCAAGGUUGUGGAGGGCGGCUUGGCCUCUGCGAACGCGGCUCUAGAUGAGUGGAAAGCUGGGGUGAGCUGUACCAAAAUUCUUUUCGAGGUUUAA